UGCAUGUGUGUGCAUGUCUGACUGGAGAGAGCGGGCUGUCUGUCUGAGGCUGUAAUUUGAGUACCUCUUCAUUGGUUAUCUCAUUUGGGUUACAAACCGACUGUUACCAACAUAUCUGUCUUCAUCAACUGGAAUUGACAUCUGUAACUUUGUCAAGACGAAGAAUGUUCCUGGUACUCCAGCCUUAGCCUGCACUGGCCGGUCUGCAGAGAUGGGUUCAGAGGAGCGCAGUUCAGCCAUGUCGCAGAAGAUAUCCUCCGUGUCACGCAGCAACAGCAGCGCCUCAUCCAAACUCGACAGCCGACAGGACAGCUGGGAAAUAGUGGAGGGCCUGCGAGGAGGCUUCAGCAGUGUCCCGGAGCCCCAGAAACAGGAGGGCUUCAUGCUGAAGAAGAGAAAGUGGCCCAUGAAAGGCUGGCAUAAGAGAUACUUCUUCCUGGACAAGGGCAUCUUGAAGUAUGGCAAGUGCAGUGCUGAUAUUGAGAAAAGGAAACUGCAUGGCUGCAUUGACGUUGGUCUCUCUGUCAUGGCCAUUAAGAAGAAAGCCAAGUGCAUCGAUUUUGAUGCUGAGGAAAACAUCUAUCACCUGAAGCUUAAGUCACAGGAGCUGUUUGAUGAAUGGGUUUCCAAGUUGCGUCACCAUCGGCUCUAUCGGCAAAAUGAGAUUGCUAUGUACCCUACCGAGAAGUCCUUCUACUAUUCCCACUACCCCUCCCCCAACUCCCCUAGCAUGGCGGAGAGUGCCUCUAUCAGAAAGUGCAUGUCUAUACGAAGGCAGUCUACAGUGCAUUCUGCAGGAGACUUCCCUUUAAGCUGCAACAGCCAGGCCAAAGUAGCUGCCUGGCUCCAGUCAUCUGACGACAUGGACAAGUGCUCCAAAGACUUGUCAGUCUGUGAGGUCUACCUGCUGGAGCUCAGCCACCUGCUUCAGAGUAUGGAGGUCCUGCACCGAACCUAUUCUGCUCCAUCUAUCCAGGCACUGCAGGCAUCUACAUUUGACAGCCCCAAGAAGGAAAAGAGACUACCUAGGAAAUGGCGCACUAAAAACUACAACAAAGAUGUCAAAACAACUCUGCAGGUACCGAGCUGCAUCUCCUCCGGCUCUAUGCGCCUCCAUGCCUCUAACCCCAACCUCUCCACUGCUGCACUCGCCAAUGACAAGGCCGACACUGAAUCCCUGGAUUCCACUUUUGAUGUGGCCAAGCUGCAGGAGGACUUCUGCCGCGUUGCCACUAACUUGCAUGCGACCAUGAAGACAGCCCUGAGUUCCCUAACAUCUGAGAGAGAGAGAUUAAAACAAUGUGUUGACCACGAAACAAUUCCCCCUACCUCACUGCAGGUUGUCAGUUUGAAGAACUCACUGUCCACGGCUUUAGCCCAGAACUCUGAGCUGAGAGAGCGACUGUGCAAGAUUCAUGCCGAGUCCCACAUCGUAGAGCCCACACUUAUAAAUCUCACUGCCCCUGUGCAGAAACAGGACUCUGUCGAUGAAUCCCAUCCCCUCGUCCACCAAGUAUCCAAUGAGAGCGGAGCUUCAAUCACAGAGUCUUUGUCUGAGUUCUUCGAUGCACAGGAAGUUUUACUAUCUGCUAGUUCUUCUGAAAAUGAGGUAUCAGACGAUGACUCCUACAUUAGUGACAUCAGUGACAACAUUUCCAUGGACAACUUCAGCAACGAGACAGAAAAUGAGAGACCAAACUCGGACUCUGUCCUUUAUCAGCGUAGAUCCUGCCUGCCCUCGCCUAGCCCCAACAACAGCACCAUCAGCCUGUGGAACAUCCUCAGGAACAACAUCGGCAAAGACCUGUCCAAAGUGGCGAUGCCUGUACAACUUAAUGAGCCGCUCAACACCCUGCAGAGACUGUGUGAGGAGCUGGAGUACAGCGAGCUGCUAGACAGGGCUGCUAACACACAGGACCCUUUUGAACGUAUGGUAUACGUAGCUACUUUCGUUGUAUCAGGCUAUGCAUCCAGCUACUACAGAACUGGGGGAAAGCCUUUCAACCCCCUCCUGGGGGAGACAUAUGAAUGUGACAGGCCAGAUAAAGGCUUGCGAUUUGUUGCAGAGCAGGUCAGCCAUCACCCACCGAUCUCAGCUUGCCACGCAGAGUCUAAAAACUUCAUCUUCUGGCAAGAUGUGAGGUGUAAGAACAAGUUCUGGGGGAAGUCAAUGGAGAUUGUUCCUGUUGGUACCACUCAUGUAACUCUGCCAGGCUUUGGGGACCACUACGAGUGGAACAAAGUGACUUCCUGCAUCCACAACAUUCUCAGUGGACAGCGCUGGAUUGAGCACUAUGGGGAGAUCUCCAUCAGAAACUCCAGCAGUGACAUUUGUCAGUGCAAGAUCACUUUUGUUAAGGCCAAAUACUGGAAUUCAAGUGUGAAUGAGGUGGAGGGAGCCAUCACAGAUAAUAAAGGAAAGGUCGUCCACAGACUCUUUGGAAAGUGGCAGGAAGCAGUUUUCUGUGGAGACCCACCCUCAGCCACAUGCAUCUGGAGAGCAAAUGCAAUGCCAGUAGACCUUGACCAGUACUACGGUUUCACCAAGUUUGCUAUUGAACUGAACGAGCUGGACCCAUCCCUGAAACUGCUGCUACCGCUCACAGACACCAGACUACGUGUGGACCAAAGACUGCUGGAGGAGGGGAACUUGGAGGCUGCAGAGGAGCAGAAGCAGCGGAUUGAACAGCUGCAAAGAGAGAGGAGGAGAGUCCUGGAGGAGAACAACGUAACACCGCAACCUAAGUUCUUCAGGAAGUCAAAGGAUGAUACCUGGGUGAGCAACAACAUGUACUGGGAGCUGAGGAAGGACCCUGGCUUCACCCAAUUAGAUUGUCCUAUGCUUUGGUGACCCCUGAACUGCAGAGCGCGCAUAUUUCGACCUGCACAGCCUUUAUUGUGAUCCAGGCUGGGUUCUAGUGAUGUCUGUAUCCACAGUCUAUAUACCUUCCGCAUUCAGUACUGGACUUCUUUACUGCAGUUCAUCAAAGUUAUUGCCUUAAUAGCAAGUGCUUAUGUAAGUUGUGUAAACAUGUUUAUGCAAACAUAUUAUGAGAAUGUUGAUUCGUUUGGCAAAUGUUGACCAUAUUUUCACCUGAUAUGGUACACUGUACCACUUAAACUGAGAACAGGAAAACUACUUGGUAUAAAGUGACAAAUCUGUAACUGGUCUACACUCGCUUAAAAUGUAUUAAGCAACUGGCCACUUUAGCUGUCGUCUUGUCAUGGACAUUCUCUACCUCUGAGAUAAACUAGCCUUGAUAUGCCAUUGAUUAAGUGUAUACACAUCUGAUAUUUAUUCUGCACCUGCCUGAUGCCUUACUUGUUGUACUCAUUUACUUUAAGUUAUUGUUGUUGCAUCUCUGAGGUCCUUUUUAAACAAUGUAUGUUUUUUUUAAGAACCAAACAAGAAUUGUUCAAAUGAUCUUUAAAUCCUUACUCAACUUUUCUUUCUGUCUCAGAACAGUAAUUUCUGCUUUUUGCUAUGAGCGUGUGAAUGGUUGUGCAACUAUGAGCAGCAGUAGCAAACCAUUUUUCACUCUAUCCAUUGUCUACCUGGACCCUGGGCUUUGGGACCAAAAGUGUCCAAAACGAUGCUCCAUGAGCUCAAAAUAAAAUCUCUGAUGCUUUUUUUUUUUUUUUUUUGUGGAGUCAUUUGUGACUGUUCAAAACUCUGAAAGCUAUGAACCAGACCAUUGUCCCACUGGGUCCAUACCAUUGUAUGGACCCAGUGGAGGUGAAAUGCUGCCCCCUAUUUCUCUUACACAUUGCACCUUUAACUGAGAUGCUGACUUGUCAAGCUGACAACGCUGUCAUAAAUGGUGAUUAAAUGUGCCAACAGGAAAAAAAAAAAAAAAAAAACUGAAUCAUCAGUUUUGAUACUCGUAUGUCCACAAAGGAGGAGGUUCAUUGUGUGCUUUCAGAGCAGCUCUAUUAUUAUUCUGAGGGCCAUCAAGUGAAGUUGUUACCUCUGGAGGGCAUGAAAGGCAUUUGGUUAAAAACACUUGCAAAUUUCAUGUUGCAUGGGAGCAUUACCAUCUUGAAAGGGCUCAUCCCAAUAUCUUGCUUGUUACACAAUUAUAUGAACAAAGGUGAGUCUCCAUAAAAUACGAGAUCCACCAGUGAGUUCACUUUAUAUGUGGGACAAGGGUGAAGGAUAACUCGAAAAUAAAAGUGGUAUUUGCUCAGAGCUGCAGGUGUUAGGCUCCUCCCACCAUGGUAAUAUGGUGGGGUGGCCACAAGUAGGGCUCUCCAAAUACAAAAACUUGACAUAAAUACCUUGUGCAGCUCACAAUGUGCAAUUUUAUAUUGUGGCUGUGUGACACAGAUGCUGGGUGAACCGUUUUCUGCCUCAAGCCACAAUUGAUUAAAUGCUGACAUACAGCUAACUCAUUCAAUUCACAGCUUUGGGGCUUUAGCCACUUUACAUAAUGUGCUUGACUUCUUGUCCAUACUACUGUACAUUUUUUCUGUAGUGUAACUAGAAUCAAAGGCUAAAAAAACAAUGGAGUUCUGAGGUUAUCAGAUAAGUCAUACAUGUCUCUGAAUACAUCAAUAAAUAAUGAAGUAUAAUGUAUGAUAACCCAUGUUACGUUGAUGAACAAACACUGAAAGACUGAGCUAACACUAGUGGCUCCUAGUGCCUAAAAUGUGUAUUACAUUCAUCAGUACAAAAGUGUCAGAAGGAACACAAUGCUGAUGAUUUUGCCAUCCCCAGAUCUUUGACAGUUAUGGAG